GUAUGGGAUUUUCCAGAUAAUCACAGCACGCCGGAAACAGCACCUUCAACAAAUAGCACAUACACAAGUGUUUAUGCACCGAUUGUAAUUGAUAGUGACUCAGACAAAGAAGUUCUCAUCGAAAAGGAUGAGCGUGAAACACAAAGUACAAAUGGCCUGACUGCUGCAGAAGUACUUGAAGAGCUGGCGUCUAAGACAAUAAAAACAUCUGUCAGCAGAUUUAAUAUAAACAGGGCAAAUGUUUGGGAUGGAGCAGCUCGGGGCUUUAGACGUGUGUCUUACAACCCAACUGAUGAUAUACUUGUGAAGUUCAGCGAUGAUGCAGGACAGCGUGAAGAUGGAAUGGAUAAUGGUGGUCCUAAAUGUGAAUUUUUGACAUUAUUAAUGAAAUGCCUUAGAUCACGACGAAUCUUUGAUGGACCUGAGGACAGCAAAUUUCUUACAUUUGACAGCGCUGGUCCAGGGCCUGCCUUCCUGUCCAAGACACUCUACCAGCAUCUGAUUGGGACAACAAAGUCUGAUGUGGUGGAGGUCACAAUUGAAGAUGUAACUGAUGAAGCUACAAAAGCUUUUCUGUUGGAAGUAUGUUGA